UGAACGGACGCGGGAGUCGGAACGCUGGACUGCUGGACGCACAUCACACAUUCGGCGUCCGCGGACACGGCGAGGUGCGCCCUGCGCCGUCUCGGUGUUAACGAGCUGCGAGUGUCGCUCCAGUUUGUCGUCAUUGUCGUCGUCGUCGUCGUCGUCGUCGCCUGUCAGGCCUGUCAAGCCAGGAUGCCGUUCAUAUCCAAGGACUGGCGCAGCCCAGGCGAGGAAUGGGUGAAGACGGUCGAGGGAUGGGAGAAAAAGAAGAUCCUCGAAUGCGCCAACAAUAAAACCCUCUCGCUUCUCCUACGCGGCGAAAAAGAUGCCGGCGAUAAGAAAGAGAAGGACAAGAAGAAAGAAAACGCCGUCCAACCACAUUGUCACAUCACGCUAAAGUGUACACGCGAGAUCGCUGGCUUCAAUGGCCUGAGCGACGCCUUGAAAAGGCUGGAUUUCCUAUCCGCGGUACACGAUUGCCGUCGAUUCAAUUACAUAGUCCGUCUCCUGGAUCUCUUGGUCAGUCACAGAAUGGGCGGUCUUAGUGGAUGCGCGCAAAGAGUGCUCUUCAAUAUGCUCGAGGAAGUCGCUCUGGAAGUGUCAUUGUCGCAACAACAGACAGGAAGAUUGCGGCGUCUUAUAGAAAGAGUUCGAGCCUUCAGCGCUGGCUGCUGCUGGGGUGGCAGACCCUUGGGUUCCGUUAUCCUGUGGGAGAAACAUAAAGCAGCUCUGGAAAGAAUAUUGCAAAUCGCUUCAUCAAUCACUAUUACCCAGCCGGACGAGGAGCAGCAACCUCAAUGGUCGGAUCUGCCGCCUGAGUGCCGUCGAGAGAUCCUUCUACGCUUGAGCGACCCUCGAGACAUCGAAGCUUCUUCCGAGGCGUGCGAACACCUUGCCGUUCUAGCGCAAGAACAGCGAAUCUGGCGCGAACUUGCCCAAUAUCAUUUUACGCCACAGCAAAUUGCUACCACCAGACAGAAUAAUCCGGGGAAAGACUGGAAAACCAUAUUCACUAUCGCUCGGAGAUUGUUCGGAUUGCGAGAGGAAUACGCCGAGAUGAUACAGUUAUGCCGUAAUUGCCGCUGCUUAUUCUGGCGGUCGCUGGGUCAUCCCUGCAUCGCAGAUCAGGAUCCCGCGUUUCAAGAGAAACUGGCGGACGUCGACCAAGCAUCUCUCCAUGUGCCGAUCCCUCCGCAGACCUUUCUGAAAUUUUUCUCGCUGUGAAAGCUUUCGAGACACGAUUAUGUCGUAAGAGCUCAGAAUGAGUGGUGUAUGUGCGGAAAAAAGCGGAAGCUGCUACGUAACUGCCGCUAUGAAUGAUUGUUGCUUGACAGGAUAAAUGCUAUACGUAUGAAAGAAAAUAAUAGAAUGACAUUUAAAGAUGUUGCGCUGCAUUUAGAGAGACUCUAAAACGUUACCUUCUGAAAAGAUAUAUUUAACUCGAAAUAUAUUCUCUAUUUGUUCUCUCAAUAUACUGUAUGAACCUGAAAGAUAGAUAUCGGUAUUAGGAAUACGUCCUUUGAGAAAUUCGACGCCGACCUUAAUAAAUAUCCAGAGGCCUACUUAUCUAAUGAACGAGCUUGAGUAUUUAAGAGGCUCAAAAGCUGCCCAGAGCCAGGAAAACACAAAGACACGUGUGCCUGCACAAACGCCACACGAUAUGUGAAUCAAUAUCUUCUGAAGUUCUAAUUUUAAUUGCUUCAUAAUUA